AUGUACGACGGGGUUCUCCGUACGGAGAUGCCGCACGACACCUUCCUCAAGCCAAACCCUACCACCCACCACCGUACCCCUACACCAACCCAACAAAACCCAACAAAACCACCCCCCCAAGACCAAACCAACAACCCCUACCACCCACCCAACCCCAAUCCCCACAAAACCCACAACCCCCUAACCACCCCCACCCCCCACCACAAAACCCUACAACCAAAACAGCACCAACCAAAAAACCAAACCACACACCACCUCCAUAACACAACUAACCCCGACAACAUACCCACCGAAACCAAACAACCAUUCUCCAAACCACCAUUUACACCCACCCACAACAACCCAACCAAAACAAAAACCCCCACAAACCCAAACCCACACCCAACCCACAACAACCACAACCCACCCACCACACCACCAAACCACCAACCACCACACACCAAAACAUCCAUACACCACCCACACAACCACCCAAACCCUCAACAACAAUAUACCCCACCUCAACAAGCACAACCACAGCCACACACCACCACCAAAUACCCACAACCAACAAACACCCCAACCACAUAUCCCCCACAACCACCACAACCCCCACCCCAACCCCACCCAACCAUCACCCCCCCAAACCAACACCCCAAUACAACCCCCACUCACAACCCCACCCCCCACCCCCUCCACAUACCCAACAAACACCUUCAGCGGGACUUCUCGAUACUACGUCCGGCGCCCCGCCACACACCUGGGAGCUGUUGUGUCAUACUCGCCGGCACUAAUGAUAUUGCAACCGGUGAGUCUCAUAGUAUUUACCGACAUCUGGAGCAGCGAAUAAUAAUCGCCCGCCUCGCCUCAUCCCGGGUCAUUGUGGCCACCAUCCCUCAAAGACACGACCUCCCAGUCGACCAUAUAGUGAACCAGACAACCACCCGCCGUUGA